UUGCUGGGUUAUUUUCUUCCCUCCGGGCAGGGAUGACCCCACAGGGCCGCUCCGCUCCGCUGGCACCUCCCGGCCGGAAGCGGAAGCGCAAGCUCGGGGCCAGGCGGCAGCGGUAUAAGCGGUCGGCGGCGCGGUAAGGAGGCAAAAAUGUCUGCAGCAUGCGACUUCGUUGCAUUCCACACUGGGCAGAAGAUGCCUCUCAUAGGACUGGGAACUUGGAAAAGUGAGCGUGGCCAAGUGAAAGAAGCGGUGAAAUAUGCUCUAAGCGUUGGUUAUCGCCACAUCGAUUGUGCAGCAGCUUACAGCAAUGAAACAGAGAUUGGUGAGGCUUUCCAGGAGUGCCUUGGGCCCAACAAGGUUAUUAAAAGGGAGGACCUGUUUGUAACAUCAAAGCUCUGGAAUACCAAGCACCACCCAGAAGACGUAGAGCCAGCAUUAAGGAAAACACUUGAAGAUUUGAAAUUGAAUUACUUGGACCUGUACCUCAUGCAUUGGCCUCAUGCCUUUGAACGAGGGGACAAUCUCUUCCCAAAGAAUCCUGAUAACACAAUGCGUUACGAUUACACUGAUUACAAGGAUACCUGGAAGGCUAUGGAGAAGCUGGUAGGAAAAGGUCUUGUGAAAGCCAUUGGGCUGUCAAACUUCAACAGCCGUCAGAUCGAUGAUAUACUCAGUGUGGCUACUGUCAAACCAGCUGUGCUCCAGGUAGAAUGCCAUCCUUACCUAGCUCAGAAUGAGCUGAUAGCUCACUGCCAGAAGCGAGGACUGGUUGUCACUGCCUACAGCCCCCUUGGUUCUCCAGAUCGCAUGUGGAAACACCCAGAUGAGCCUGUGCUUUUAGAAGAACCUGGGAUCAAAAAGCUGGCAGAAAAGUACAGCAAGUCACCUGCACAGAUCAUCCUCAGAUGGCAAGUGCAGCGUAAAGUGGUUGCCAUUCCCAAGAGCGUCACUCCUGCUCGCAUUCAGCAGAAUCUCCAGGUGUUCGAUUUCAGCCUCACAGAAGAAGAGAUGAGCCACAUUGGAAGCCUGAAUAAAAACUGGCGUUACAUUGUGCCAAUGAUCACGGUGGAUGGCAAGCUCGUGGCCAGAGAUGCUGGACACCCGCACUACCCCUUCAAUGACCCCUAUUAACUACAAGAAAAUAAGGUGUUAAGGAACAUGCUCCUCUGCAUGUCAUUCCACAGAAUAAUUGUUUCCACAAAGUAAUUGUUUCCACGAAUUGUCAAAAUCCUCUGUCCAGAUGGAACCUUCCUUCCUGAGUAGGUUUAUUUACACUGCUUCUAACUGACCUCCUUUCUGGAGAUACUGUAGCUUCCCUGUCAAAGUUUGUGGAUUUAUUACAAUGACCAUAAACUUGCUCCUGGAAGCAUCAAUCGUUUGGGAAUUAGAUAAAUAGUGGGGGAGUCUAAAUCAAGUUCCUAACAUAUUGUUAUGAGGCUGGGGCAAUACUUCGGGGUUAAUGUCUGUGAAACGGUUUUGAAGGCUUUAGUUAUUGCCAAAGCAGGGAAACAAAAACCACAAGGUGAAGGAAUGAAAGCAUUUUAAGUCUGCACAACUGCUUUGCCAUCAACUUUGAUAUCUUUAUUCCCUGCGUAAA